AUCAACAAAGAAAAAAUAAUUGCAAUGACAGUUAAAUGUGAAAGAAAUAAUAUUUGAUAAAUUUUUAUAUUUUUUAAGCACAAAGAAGAAAUGAAAUUUUCGUGCGUGUCUUUCUUCUUUGCACUCACGAUUGCCGCGCAAUUUCAACGCAUACACACUGCCGUUAGCGAUGAGCUCGUCCAAUACAAGCGAACGCUGGACGAAGCCACCGAUGCUUUACAAAAUGCGGAAGACUCGCCGGCGCUCAACGGUAAUGCCGAAUUGCAGCGACAACGGCGCAAAUCGAUCGAUGAUCUGCUACGAAACUCGGAAUUGGAUUUAAAUUUGAACUUGGAGCGCGAGGCGCUCGAUUUGGACAAGGAUUUUAUAACACAUCCCUUGCAGGGACGUGGCGCCAAACAGGAAAAUAAGAACAAUAAGGAUGAAACGGCGAAGAAACUUAAUGUGAAUGAUCAAUUGAAUGACCUGGUGCAUGCGAAUUCGAAUUUCCAGAAUGUGCAUCGAAAUUUGUUGAAUAGUUUUCACAAUAGCCAAAAGAAUAUUAAUUUGGAUGAAAUAUUACAGAAACAGCGCAGCUCCGAAGUGAAAGCGCCUAAAAACUCGAAGGGUUCGAGCGGUACCAGCAAGGAGGAGAAGGAAAAGAGUAAGGAAAAAGAAAAGGAGACGAAUGAUUCCAACAAUGCCAGUAAAAACAAUCAAAAUAAAAAUGCUAAUACCGGCGCCGGCAAUGCAAAUAAAGACAGCUAUCUCAAUAAUAACAGUUGGAAAUCGAGUUUCAGUGAAAAGGAUAAGGAUUUUAAUCUGGACAUGGAUUUUGGUAAAACUGGUUCCUUGAGCGCGCCGUACUCGUCGACAUACACGAAGUUCGACACUGACAGUUUCAGUACAAAUACAAAUACCAAAAGUAGUCAUAAAGGCGCCACUGGCGAUGGUUCCAGUGUCCUAACCAAAGCCUAUAUUAGCUGUAAGCCGGUCUCCAGCAAUGCUGGACACAUAAAAAGUGACAAUGCCUACUUUGAAUUUACCUCUAAUCUCCACAAUCCCGCACCCAGUAAACCGAGCAGUCCGAAGAGCAAUUUAAAUUCUAUCUUACUGCUCGAAGCGAAUAAUUACCGGAAUGCGUUACACACGAAGAUGCUGGACAACAUGGAUGAAUUGAAAGAGAAGAAAGUCGAUCCGGAAAUGCGAAGAAUGAUGGAGAAGGUUGACUUUCCACAUUUUAAGUUAGACUUCGAUACACAAAUGGAGGAUUUUGCCAAGUCCAAGUCCAAGUCGAAGACGGACACUGAAGAAGACGACGAACCGAUCAGUUAUGAGAAAACUAUUGAAAAUAUACACUUUCCAAGUAUAGUAAAUGAUCAAUUCGAUUUGGGACGCAAUGAUUUGUCACAUGAAGCCAACUAUAAGCUUUCAAAAAUCGAACAAGAGCAAUCGGAACCGCGUAAGGGAAAUGCACAUGGCAAUGCAGCAUUUAGCGGCUUGCAGAGCUUGAAUAGUAUAAUGAACAUACCCUCGAAACGCAGCACCGGCUUCAAUGCCAUGGAUGAAAUUAAGUUGAAGACCAGCACACGUCUUAUGGCUAAAGGAUUGGGUCCUUCACUCCCUAGUUAUGCGCUUUCCGAAACACAACAGGAACUGCAAUUAGACGAUGCGGUGAAGAAGUUGGAGAAGAGUUUCCAAUCGGAAAAUCCACACAUCGGCAUCGCCGAUUACACCAAUCGACGUGUAACAAGCCAUUUAUCGAAAGAUGAGCUAGAUUGGCAGGAUCGCCUUAGGCAUAUGGAAGAAGCGGAAGCGCGUUCGUAUGAAAAAUUGCUUGACGAUGCUGAACCGGAGGCACCCAAUGGCGGUAGUGAUGCAAAAACUAAAACCGAAGACAUUAUAUUAGGGCCGACAUACACUAUACUACGGCGUAGGCGUACCAGUGCGCAGCCAGAUGAAGAAGAGGAGGACAGCAACCUUUACGAUUUAUUGCGCACAAAACGUGUCACCAAAAAUUUGAAAGACGAUGGUAAUCUCAAUUUAGGAAAUGUGCGAAAAUUAUCGCCAAAUGAUAUACUCGUUGCGCGAGUGCCAGAUUUUGCGCCCGUCGUUGAUGGUAAAGCGUUAUCCGAUGAGGUACCUGCAUCAGAGUUAACAGCUGCCGAAGAGCCAACACAAGAAGAAGCUGUAGCAGAUGAUGUAGAUACUGAUGCAGACGAUAUCGAUGAUAUGGAUAAUGCGCAAUUGGUCGACGAUAAUGAACCAAUGACUGGCGAAAAUGUCGGACGUGCACACAGCAAACGUUGUGGGGAGCAGGAGAGUAAUUAUAAGACCACCGCAGAGAGAGGUACGCGCGAUAAGGAUAACGAUGAGAAACAUGAAAUGACGAUAUUCAAAUUCAAGCGUGACUCUAAUAAAGUUGAAGAGUCUAACGUACCGAAGCGGCGCGUUAAGCGUAUAGGUGUGCUCAAUGCAGAUGGCGCAUUGACCGCUGUGAAAGAAGUAGAUUUAGAUGGACUGCUCGAUCUUAUGACGGUGAACAAUUUCGUGCCUAAACGAGAAGUGCAGGAAAAAGAGACUGUAAAUGCAGAAAAGGAAAAAAGAGUAGCGGAGACCAGCGGCGUACAAAAGAUGACUGAUAAAGUCGAGUCGAAACAAAAAGUAUUGCGUAGACGCAGACGCGAAGUAGAUAUUUCAAGAAAAGAGGUUUACAGCGAUGACAGUUUGCAUGUAUUGAAUGGUGCCGAAAGAAAGCGACGUUCACUUAACAGUAGAGAUAAACGACGCAUGAAAAGAGAAGCCGAGAAGUCAAAGGAGAGUGAUGAGAAAAAGGAUAAAGAGAAGACAAAUGGAAAUGUGGAGCCAAAACAGAACAAGCCAAUUGACGAUGAGAAGGACAGCGCAAAAAAGUUAACAAGCAAUGAGGUUAAAGAAGAGAGUACGGCUGAACAUUUGAUGGACAAACGAAACACACAAGCCGUUGACCCAAUCGAUGAUAAUAAUGCCGACAAUCACAAGGUUGUCAACACUGCUUUAUUGAUAAACGAUGAUGGGAAUUUAAUACCCUCCGAUGCUUUUGAAAGACGCGUAUUGACACCGCGGAGCGAAACCCUUAACGAUGCAGCCGUUAUAGCGGCUGAUAGAAAGGCUAUGAAAGCGGCCAGAACUAAUUAUCCCAGAAAUGCAGAAAGAGCUUGCAACUAUAUUGAUUCGCGCGAAGAUAACUAUGGCGAUUUGAUGGGGCGCUUGAGACGGCUAUCGCUCCGCAAUCGAGAACCGGAGAGGCAAAGCGAUUUUAGCAACUCUGCGAGUGAGUUUGGCAAUCAAAAAUUUGAUAAUCUCAAACAGUUCGAUCAUUAUGCGCGCAAUUUCGAUGGCAUACCAGUCGAUAAUCUUUGGUAUGGCAGCGAUCCGUGGGAGGAAGACCAUGACAAUGAGCAAACUAAUAAUGAAGAAACUACCAACAGAAAUCGGCCAAAUAAACAACAUGCGGCAUUGACUAUACGGAUCGAGGAUGGCGCUAUCAAGAGCAUUGAAAGAAAGGAACAGCCGAGCAAGAAAAACGAAGUGGGUAUUGUAAGCGAAAAAAUAGCGAAUGCCGAGGAAGAAGAGUCGGGUGGUAGUGAGGAGGCGGCAUUCGAUUGGUUUGGAAGGAAUAAGAAUAAAGACGACGCAAGUUGCAAAGGUGAAGACAAUGGCUUGAUAUUGCAAUUGAAUAAUCAGAUGCUCAACUGCACCGCAUUUAAUACGCUGGAGAACUUUCUUAAGACCGUACAGCACCAACAAAACAGAGGUGACGGUGGUAGAGGUGGCGGUAAUGCUUCAAAUGCUGGCAGUACACAUUCCAACAAUAAGCUUGCCAAUGAGAACUGUGAAGACAAACAGGGUGGACAUAGCGGACAUGGAGCUGGAGGUGAGCAAAGCAAUGCGGGACAUGGUGGAGGAGACAAUCGUCAUAACGGUAAUGCAGGUGGCUCACAAGAUAAACUUGGACAUGGAGGUUUUGGAGAUAGAAUGAAUGGUAAUCAUGGCUGUGCUAAACACGGUGGCAGCAACACUGGUGGUAAUGCUGUAAAUGGUGCCGGUAGUUAUGGGAUCAGUGGCGUUGGUAAUGGUCUCGGUCCUCCUGACGAUAACUGUGGAUCGAAGGGUACAGACGGUAAUACAAAUGGCGGUACAGGCGGGCAGAAAACCAUGAAGCUGAACAUCACUAUCAAUGCGAGCGUUAUGGGCGAUCAGAAGGCGAAGAACUUUAUCGGCAAUGGUACGUUUAAAGUACAGAGCGAAGAUCGUGAACGACGUGGCAUUUCAUUUCCACAGUUCGAGUCAUUUAAGCGCUACGCAACGAAGCGAAAGUGCCCGAAGCCGAAGGUGAGUUGUGAUGAGGGCAAGGCAAAUGGGAAGGGUUCGCUGGAAAUUGUCAAAUCUAUGUUCAAUAUGGCGAAAUGUAAUCCACAAAUGAAACCGUUAUGGACAAUUUUAAAGCGUAAUCAACAAUGCAUGAAGAAAAUACCACCACAGGAGAACACCUUUGAGAAAAUGCAAACGGACGAUGUAAAUCAUAUCGAAGACAUGGUGCAACAAGCUAUGGAGGCCAUUAGCGAUAUAAUCGAUGAUCAAGUGGAGCAACGCUCUUGCAUACCACUGCCGCCGGAGCUGAAAAUAUUCUACGAUCAAAUAUUAGAAAUUUUCGAGAGCAAUUCGGCUGAAGGAGUGCGUGAGAAGCGUGCCAAUAUCGAUGCACCCUUCAAUGAGUUCAGCAAAGAGGUGCGUCUCAUCGAUCCGAACAGUGUGGACGAACGUUCGCGCAUCGUUAAGAAACUACUGCGCCAAUACGAGGGACUACCAAUUGAGGAUCAGGAGCAGAUGGUCGGCGUACGUGAAGAUCUCUUACAGAAUCUGGACAUGCUGCAACACAUGCAGGUGGAGCAGUUGCAUAAGAAGCGCGAACCGCAGGUACAGCAGCCGCAACAAGUACAACAACUGCAGCCGCAACAAGCACAACAGUUGCAGCCGGAGCAGCAGUCGCGGCCGGAGCCAGAGCAAGAGCCGCAACAUCAACCGAAUGCAGUGCAAGUGCAUCAAGAGAAUAAGGAUGAGUCAGCGGAGGGGGAAAGUGAUAUGCAAGCGCGACAACGUCGUGAAGUGUUGAAGCGUUUGGAAGCCGAGAAGGAUGUUGAUGAGCAGCUCAUAAAGACAUACGAUCUACCGUAUACGCCCGAAUUUGUACGUUUGAUGAAAGCGUCGGAAUUACUGCAAGAGCAAAAUCUUAGAGAAUCGGAGCGGAGGGAGUAAGGAAUACCGAGUAAGGAGUACCGAGAAUGCGUCAAUUGGAGACAGUGUGCUAAAAUGCGUGUUGUUGCUGCUAACUUUUAAUGUGUGUCAAGUUAAAAAAUUUCUAUUUUUAUAAAUAUUUUAUUUCUAUUGUGCAUUUUUUAUUGUAUUACGAAUUGAUAUUUAUAAUUGUUCUAUGUGUGUGUGCAUAUUUGCACAGAUAUAUAUAUAUAUCUAUUGUUUAUUUAAAAUAAAUGAAGAUCAGAUAUUCGCU